AUGAAUUGGUCAUUUCCUGAGGCUCAAUCGAACCUUCUCAAAGAAGUAUCAACUACCAACAUUCAGUGGAUUGCCCAGAGUCGUCCUGGGAGUAAACAGGGAUGGUUAUGGACGAAAAUGGAUGAAAAAGCAUUCAAAGAAAGCUCCUUAAUUUCUACUGUUUUUGUUUCGCUAGAAACUUAUUAUGUUGAUAUUGAGCUUCGACUGGCAGCAAACUGGCGCGAUAAUAUAAUAGUUUCUUCCAAACAUUUCCGGCAAUCUACAUUCCCAGAAAAAAAUAUUUUACAAACACAACUGCCUCAACCUUCUUCAGGCUCCUUUUUACAACUCUCCUCUUCAAGUUUUGUUGCUUGUUGGGAUUCAGAAUCUCCAAAUAAAUUUAAACUUAAACUUUUUAAUACCACAAAAGAGGGAGAAUUGGAUGGCUUAAUUUCUUCAGAAAUGACUUCCGCAAAAUGCCAUGUCUUUAGAAAUUUAACUAGUAGUAUAGUAGAAGGAAGAGAAUUUCGCCUUAUAAUUGUUGACACCGGAAGUUUGUCAGAAAAUGGGGAUGAAGAUAUGAAGCACUCCUCCUCUCUAGAAAAGAGACAUCCGUUGGAAGGAGGAAAGGGAGAGGAUAAGGAUUUAGUUGCUGACAAAGGGCUUCACUUAAAUAUCAGCAUGGAAGAAAUUGAGGAACCCAAAGCAACACCUCCAUUAUUAAUAUUCACUGAUGGUUCUUCUCUCUAUCUUAUUGAUGAUCUAAACGAUUUUGUAUUGCUAACUGAACCCAUAAAAGUUGCAUUUUCCUUGAAUGACUCUCAAACUAUUACCGCUUUAUGUGCCCUCUCUCAAACAGAAAUGCUUAUUGGGCUUUCCGAUGGAGCUAUAUUUAAUUUGGAAAUUUUGUUUGAAUCUAGAGUUGAAUUGGAAAUGAUUAAUAGAACUAUGGAACAAGUUAAAACACAAACGAGGAAAGUUAGGGAAGCGGAUGGAGUAUCAAUCACACAGAUUGUUGUCGACUUCAUACAGGAGCGUUUUUACGCCAUUCGAGAUAAAGUUGGAAUUGUUCGUUGCAAGAUAAACACUUGUGAUAAUACAACUACAAAUAUGUUGCUAACAAAUACACCUAAUUAUGUUCAAAGGAUAGCCUGUGAUCCUUGGAAUGGUUUCAUUUAUUAUUCCACAAAUGUUGGGGAUGUUUUUUCAAUGCAUCUAUUUCCUAUAGAUGCCCCUCAAAAUUUUUCUCAGACCAUUACCCGACGUAUAUCUGAUAUUCCUGCGGCUAAUACUGUUCAAGUCGAUGUUAGUGACCAGAAAUUGUUUGUAGUUACAAAAUCUGGGCAUUUGAUGAGUUGGGAUCUGAUAGAUUCCUCUAUUCAUGACGAACGUGAGGGAUGGACUUUAAAUGAUCGUUAUCGAAAUGUUAUACGUUCAUUGUUCUAUCAAAAUCGGCUUUUCUGGAUCAGCACAAGCUGUGGGGAUUCACAUCCUUGGGAAAGCUGUUUAUUUAGUGAGGAGUUUGAACACCAACACAAGACAAUUCAUUUAAAUAAAUACUUAUUUACUGGCCCAGUGCGCGAAUUUACCAUACUCAAACCUUUCCCCAAGCUUCCCUUUAUGUUUCCCCCAAACAAGGUUGGGUUAAUUCUGUUUGAUACCGAAGCUUUUAUUAGCUGGAAAUCUCCUACUUUUCUGCCUUUUCAGGCGAUAGGGACCUCAUGGCGUUCACUCACUUAUGAAUAUAUUUUGCAAAAUGACGAGGAUUAUUUUACAAAAAUUAAUUUGGAUAGUCCAAGUGAUUUGGAUAAUUCUACAGAAAUUAAUGAUAAUAAAACUGAUAGUUCUAGCAAUUUAUCCGAGUUAAUAACAAAGAUAUAUGCAAAAGGAUUUACUCAGGACACUCAUUCACCUGCAAUACAGCUUGAAAGUAAUGUUCCUUCCGGAGGCUAUUAUACUGCAAAAGUCAGAGUAUGCACUGCAAAUAAUAAUAAAAUUUGCUCAGGUAAAAUAAAGCGAAACUAA